AGAAUAACUGUUAUUGGGCUUCAUACCACAAAACAUCAACAGUUGGAUUUCAGACACGUGUAUGACUUAGGAACGGUUCCGAUGUCACUGAACACUUUGCCGCCAUUCAAAUUCGUUUGUCGACCUAACUCUCUUCAAAAUUUUCUCCGGUCACUUGAAUUCGUGUUCUGAUUCGAACGAAUACGAUAAUUUUGUCCAUUGAAGACUCAAAAAAGUUGCUCAAUUUUGUGUUUUAGUUUCUUCACUAACAUCUCAGCCAUGGCGAUCGAUUGUCUCGUACUCGGUGCUGGACAAGAGAUUGGAAAGAGCUGCGUAGUAGUGACGAUUAAUGGUAAAAGGAUAAUGUUCGAUUGUGGGAUGCAUAUGGGCUGCGAUGAUCACAAUCGUUACCCAGAUUUUUCUCUCGUCUCUAAAUCCGGUGAUUUUGAUAACGCGAUCUCUUGUAUCAUCAUCACUCACUUCCAUAUGGAUCAUGUUGGAGCGCUUCCUUACUUCACGGAAGUUUGUGGGUACAAUGGCCCGAUUUAUAUGUCGUAUCCCACAAAGGCUUUGUCUCCAUUAAUGCUUGAGGACUACCGAAGAGUGAUGGUUGAUAGAAGAGGUGAGGAUGAGCUGUUCACCACUGCCCAUAUCGCAAACUGCAUGAAGAAAGUAAUUGCAAUAGAUUUGAAGCAAACAAUUCAGGUUGACGAAGAUCUUCAAAUCCGUGCCUAUUACGCAGGGCAUGUCCUUGGAGCAGUGAUGGUUUAUGCAAAGGUGGGAGAUGCAGCGAUUGUGUACACUGGAGAUUACAACAUGACGACAGAUAGACAUCUAGGAGCAGCUAAAAUUGACAGACUCCAGUUGGAUCUUCUCAUAUCAGAGUCCACAUAUGCAACUACCAUUCGUGGCUCAAAAUAUCCCCGGGAGAGAGAGUUUCUUCAAGCUGUUCAUAAAUGUGUUGCUGGCGGAGGGAAGGCGCUGAUUCCUUCAUUUGCUCUUGGAAGGGCUCAGGAACUCUGCAUGCUGCUCGAUGAUUACUGGGAGCGCAUGAAUAUAAAGGUUCCGAUAUACUUCUCAUCAGGUUUGACCAUCCAAGCAAAUAUGUAUUACAAAAUGCUCAUCAGCUGGACAAGCCAGAAUGUUAAAGAGAAGCACAAUACACAUAACCCAUUUGACUUUAAGAAUGUUAAAGAUUUUGAUCGGUCUCUUAUACAUGCUCCUGGGCCAUGUGUUCUCUUUGCCACACCCGGUAUGCUUUGUGCUGGCUUCUCACUUGAAGUGUUCAAGCAUUGGGCUCCAUCUCCCCUGAAUCUUGUUGCCUUGCCCGGAUACUCUGUGGCUGGAACAGUUGGGCACAAACUGAUGUCUGGUAAACCCACGACGGUUGAUCUCUACAAUGGCACCAAGGUCGAUGUCCGUUGCAAGAUACAUCAAGUGGCAUUCAGUCCUCACACAGAUGCAAAAGGAAUAAUGGAUCUCACAAAGUUCCUUUCCCCAAAGAACGUUGUACUCGUGCACGGCGAAAAACCCAGCAUGAUGAUUCUUAAGGAUAAGAUAACCUCAGAGCUUGACAUCCCCUGUUUCGUCCCUGCCAAUGGCGAAACAGUUUCAGUAGCUUCAACCACUUAUAUAAAAGCAAACGCUUCUGAUAUGUUCCUUAAAAGCUGCUCCAGCCCGAAUUUCAAAUUCUCAAACUCUACUCAGCUCCGUGUUACAGACCAGAGAACAGCAGACGGCGUUUUGGUCAUAGAGAAGAGCAAAAAGGCAAAGAUAGUUCACCAAGAUGAAGUCUCUGAGGUGUUACAUGAGAAAAACCAUGUGGUCUCUUUGGCUUAUUGUUGUCCUGUGAAAGUCAAGGGAGAAUCAGAUAAUGAUGCUGAUCUGAUCAAACAAUUGUCUGAAAAGAUCUUGAAGACAGUGUCUGGUGCUCAGAUCCAUGAAUCUGAAAACUGUUUGCAGAUUGGAUCUUUCAAGGGAACUUUGUGUCUGAAAGACAAGUGUGUGCAUAGAAGAGAUAUAAGUAGUAGUAGUGAAGCUGUCGUGUUCUUUUGUUGCAACUGGUCUGCUGCUGAUUUAGAACUUGGUUGGGAAGUCAUCAAUGUAAUGAAACAAAACAUAUGAAAUCGAAGUUGUGGUAACUCUCUGGAUCACACAAGUUUUGUCGUUAUGUUGUCGGCGUUCUAAUAUUUAUGUAAACUUUUUUUUAUC